GUGUUAUUGGAAACAACAAGGCUAUAGGAAAAUAUAUCACAACCAUGAUUUUUCUAUAUUUUGCCUGCCUCCUUCCAGCUAUUGCAUUUGGGUCACUCAAUGAUGAAAACACCAGAGGAGCUAUUGAUGUGCAGAAGACAAUCAUUGGCCAGUGUAUUGGAGGGCUGCUUUAUGCCCUGUUUUCAGGGCAACCUUUAGUUGUACUCCUAACUACAGCUCCUUUAGCACUCUACAUUAAUGUCAUUCGUGGAAUUUGUGAUGACUACAACUUGGAUUUUAAUGCUUUCUAUGCCUGGAUUGGACUGUGGAACAGUUUUUUCCUUGUGAUGUACUCCCUCUUUAAUUUCAGUCUUCUGAUGAAGCUCUUUAAAAGGUCAACAGAAGAAGUAAUUGCACUUUUUAUAUCUAUCACCUUUGUUUUCGAUGCUAUUAAAGGCAUUGCUAAAA